ACGAUGGCGUUUUAGACGCGGGGACAGGCGGUCCUCCACAGGUGUCUCGGAGCUUUGCGACAUGAUACAUGAAAGGUCCUAAGAGCCGUUAGUCCUAAUAUGUUACCCGACAUUUGGCUUCCCGAGCCGCAAAGUACUGACAAUGCAACACCUGAUUCGCUCCCCACAACCUCAGUCAGCUUCUCUCCCGCUACGACAUGCACUGAACUCAGCCCUCGCACAUUUGGCUACCUCCCCACGGUCUCGAGACAAGACCGAGGGAGGAUACAACGCCACAAAAGUCGGAUUGUUCCAGUUCCACAGACCGCGCGCUUAUGGCAAGCGUCUGCUGACACCAUUGAGCGGAUUUGUGUCAUUAUUGUCUGAACAUCAUCAUCCGACUCGCUGCUGUGAAACUGCCCGUGAAUGACGAGGCGAAGCUCAUCUGAUGACUCCCAUCGUC